AUGAGCAAAAUAAAAGGAACAAGAAGGGUUGAUGGUAUUAAAUUAAAUCCACCAUCUGUUGUUAAAGGAAAUAAAGAUGAUGUUUUAACAAUAAAAAGAAGAAUUAUUACAGCAAGUGUUAAACCACAAAAAGAAAUUAUUCCAACAUAUGAUAAUAUGUUAACUGUUUAUCAAACCGUUGGAACAAUAAGUUGGAGUAAUGUAUAUGAUGCAUUAGAGAAAAGAUGGAGUUUGUAUAGAUUGAUGUAUAAUGAAGAAACAAAUUCAGAAAAAAUUACACAAGAAUUAUCAGAAUUGGUUAAAGUGAAUGAAAAUAAUCGAUGGGAUGAUGAAGUGUCAUAUGCAUUAUUCUUUGCAUCAUUUUGUGAUUUUCAAAAUAAUGUUCGUUGUAAUAAAAAACUUGAAAAUUGGUUUGUUUUAUGUGAGAUGAGAGUGUAUCUUGCGCGAAUUGAAACUCUUUCAUUAGAAGCUUUAUCACAAUUUCUUGUUAAAUUUGGAUAUCAUCCACAACAAAUAACUGUUGAUGAAGAAGGAUUUUUGAAACAACAAAAUUAUUUUCAAGGACCAUUUAUCAAAGUUCCAUUUUUUGAAGCUGGAAAGAAUUUAAAAAAUCGACGAUUAUUAUUAUAUCAUGGAAGUGCAUUUAUUGAAAAGAAUGAAGUUAUUGAUAUGGUAAUUAUGAAAAAUAGAGAGAAAUUACAAGAACGUGUUAAAAAUAAUUAUAUUUCACCUGCAUUGGGAAAAGUUCCUUAUGAAUUAAAACCAAUAUUAGAAUAUUACCAAACAUUAGUUAUGAAAAUUACAGGACUUAAAACAGCAACAACAGGAUUUCAUGUUGAAACAUGUAGUAAGUCAUUUCUUAAAGAAAGUGGAAUUGAAUUAUUUCCACCAUGUAUGUAUUCAAUAUAUCGUAAAUUCCUUCAUGAUAAACAUUUAAAACACUUUGGAUUAUUACAACUUAUAAUGUUUCUUAAAGGUGUUGGAUUAUCAAUGGAAGAUUGUAAGAAAUUUUUUGAAGAAAUUGAACCAUUAAGUAAAGAAAGAAUUUAUAAUAUUGAACAUUCAUAUGGUAGAGCUGGUGCUAAAAUUGAUUAUACUGGAUAUGGAUGUAAUAAUUUAAUAAGUCAAAUUAGAAAUGCUGGAGAUUGUAAUGGAUGUAUGAUGACUACUAAAUCAUUUAAACAAGAAGAUAUUGAAGAUAAUCUUCUAAGUUUAAUGGAAUUAAAAGGAAUUGAUGAAAUUAAAAGAGAAGAAAUUUUACAAAGUGUUAUAGAUUUAAUUAUUUCUUAUCAACCAACACAUGCAUGUACUAAAUUCUUAUAUCUAUCACAAAAUAAACCAUUUGAUGAUGAAAUUCAAGAUAUUAUUCAUCCAAAUACUUAUUUUUUAAGGGCUAAACGACUUGUGAAUGAACAAAAUAGACAAUCAUUAGAGAAAUUAAUUACUGAUCUUGACCUUGAUAGUGUUGGUCAUCAACCAUCACAAGAAACUCCAAUGGAAGAAGAAAAACAAGAAGAAAUUAAACAAGAAGAAAUUAAACAAGAAGAAAUUAAACAAGAAGAAAAUAAAUAA